AAAACAAACACCACUCUCAUUCUCUCUCUCACUCUUCGAAUCCUCCUUUGCGAUAUCAAUGGCUCGUACCAAGCAAACCGCAAGGAAGUCCACCGGAGGAAAGGCUCCGAGGAAGCAGCUGGCGACGAAGGCCGCACGUAAGUCUGCUCCGGCCACCGGCGGCGUGAAGAAGCCCCACCGUUUCAGGCCGGGCACGGUGGCGCUGAGGGAGAUCCGCAAGUACCAGAAGAGCACCGAGCUUCUCAUCAGGAAGCUUCCUUUCCAGAGGCUGGUGAGGGAAAUCGCUCAGGAUUUCAAGACCGAUCUCCGAUUCCAGAGCAGUGCUGUCUCUGCUCUUCAGGAAGCCGCCGAGGCCUAUCUCGUUGGUCUUUUUGAAGACACAAAUCUCUGCGCUAUUCAUGCCAAGAGAGUCACCAUUAUGCCCAAGGAUAUUCAGCUUGCUCGUAGGAUUAGGGGCGAGAGGGCUUAGGGCUUUCCUUGUGUAUUGUAAUCGAUUGCUUUCACUUAGCAGUAGUGUGAAAUUUCUAGUUUCGGUGUAAGUGGAAUAACCCUAUCUGUAAUUUGAGGAUAAUCAAGUUUAAUUUGAAUGUUUAAGUCUUAGCAUUGUUUGUAUCCUUAGACAGGUGAUUUUGAUUUAAGCUUUUAGCUUUUCCUCGAAUUUAAAAAGCGUUUAUGGA